AUCUUUGUAACAAAUGCAGAAGGCCAGGCCACUUUGCUCGAGACUGCUCCAACACGACUGUUUGCAACAAUUGUGGGCUUCCCGGGUGAGAUGCAGUUUAUUUCUAUCUCCCAAAGAAAGAACUCAUGAAAUUGGUUGUAUGCUAUAUCCAGUUUCUCUCUGAUUAUUAUUUUGUUAUUUACAUUAGCCAUAUUGCUGCUGAGUGCAAUUUGACCACAAUGUGCUGGAACUGCAAGGAGCACGGUCACAUGGCCGGCCAGUGCCCGAAUGACCCAGUCUGUCAUCUGUGCGGGAAGUCGGGCCACCUUGUGCGGGACUGCCCAGGCUCGGGGCAGCCUGCCCAUGAUUCGAGGCUCUGCAACAACUGCUACAAGGCGGGACAUUUGGCCGCUGAAUGCGCCAAUCAGAGGGCCUGCAACAACUGCCACGAGCCUGGCCAUCUUGCCCGGGAUUGCCCAAAUGAGCCAAUCUGCAAUAUGUGCAGCAUCUCAGGCCACGUGGCCCGCAAUUGCCCCAAAUCAGGCUUGCAGUCUGAGAUUGGUGCCACGUUCAGGGCCAUUAGGUGCCGGAACUGCGGCCAGUCAGGCCACAGCAGCCGAGACUGCGCGUCCAUCGUCAUCUGUACUAAUUGCGGGGGAAGAGGCCACGAGGCUUACGUUUGCCCUUCAGCCCGAUUGGUUGAACGUGGGCCUCGGAGAUACUAGUGCCCGGAGGCUUACUGCCAUUUUGGUUCUUUUUGAUUACGGGCUCCAACAACCAUUUGGGCCACUAAUAGGGAGCCCCUAGCCGAGCUCCCCCUAGAGCAAGGGGAGCCGAUAGAGAUAACCAAAAAAACUUUGUUAUUUACUCAAUUUUUUAGAAGAAUUUUUUAGAAGAGACUUUCAUUAUUUUAUUAGUUUUGAUGGACUAAAUGGCUGUCACCACGCGUAGUUAGCCCCACACACACACAUACAUACAUAUAUAUAUAUAUAUAUAUAUAUAGUUACGUGAUUGGUAUUAGGAAGUUUCAG